GGCUGAGAGAGUUCAACCAGAACCCCGCCCGGUCGCUCAGCUCUCGGCUCAGGCCCGCAGCCAGGCAGUCAUUGACGCCAGAGCCGCUCCCGCCGCCUCGCGCAACGCAGCGCGCGGGCGGAUUCGCUAAGUCCCGACGAGGCAGGAAAAGAGAAGAGUCCGGCCGCAAAAGCAGCCGCGCUUCCCUACACUCUCCAGCUCUCUCCGCCUCUUAAUAGAGCUGCCGGCUUCGCUAACCUGCUGAGCGGCGCCCUCGAUGCAACAUGCUUGGAAGAACUUGAUAGCAUCUUUUAACUGCACCACCAUCUAAGAACAUGCCAUUAGAAUAUUCCAGUCUCUAUUCUUGGAAGAUGGGGGAAAAGGAUGAUGACAAAUGUAGUCAAGCUGGCCAGUUAUUUGAAAACUUUAUGCAAGCCUCAACCUGCAAGGGUACUAUACAGGCCUUUAAUAUCCUCACUCGCCAACUUGAACUAGAUCCUUUGGACAACAGGAACUUUUAUGCAAGACUUAAAUCAAAGGUGACCAGUUGGAAGGCCAAAGCUUUAUGGAACAAACUAGAUAAAAGAGCAAAUCAUAAGGAAUAUAAGCGUGGGAAAUGUUGUAUAGGCACUAAGUGCUUGAUUGUUGGAGGAGGUCCCUGUGGUUUGCGAACUGCCAUAGAACUUGCCUUCCUGGGAGUCAAAGUUGUUGUUGUGGAGAAGCGGGACACUUUUUCAAGAAACAAUGUGCUUCAUCUUUGGCCUUUUACUAUUCAGGACCUUCGAAGCCUGGGAGCCAAAAAGUUUUAUGGGAAGUUCUGUGCAGGAUCCAUAGAUCAUAUUAGUAUUAGACAGCUUCAGCUUAUUCUUUUCAAAGUUGCACUGAUGUUGGGAGUGGAAAUUCAUGUGAAUUUAGAAUUUAUGAAAGUUCUGGAGCCUCCUGAAGAUCAAGAAAAUCAAAAAAUAGGUUGGCGGGCUGAAUUUCUCCCAAUGGACCAUCCUUCGUCAGAAUAUGAGUUUGAUGUAAUUAUUGGUGCUGACGGUCGCAGGAACACUUUGGAAGGCUUUAAAAGGAAAGAAUUUCGUGGGAAAUUGGCCAUUGCUAUUACUGCCAACUUUAUAAACAGAAACACAACUGCGGAAGCUAAAGUGGAAGAGAUCAGUGGGGUUGCCUUCAUCUUCAAUCAGAAAUUCUUCCAAGAUCUGAAAGAAGAAACAGGAAUUGAUUUGGAGAAUAUUGUCUACUACAAGGACAGCACUCACUAUUUUGUGAUGACUGCAAAAAAACAGAGUCUUCUUGAAAAGGGAGUUAUUAUUAAUGAUUACAUUGAUACUGAAAUGCUCCUCUGUGCAGAAAAUGUAAACCAAGAUAAUCUACUGUCCUAUGCAAGAGAAGCUGCUGAUUUUGCGACUGAUUACCAACUGCCUUCCUUGGAUUUUGCAAUUAAUCAUUAUGGACAACCAGAUGUAGCAAUGUUUGAUUUUACUUCCAUGUAUGCUUCUGAAAAUGCUGCAUUAAUACGAGAGAGGCACAGACAUCAACUGCUGGUGGCUCUUGUCGGAGACAGCUUGCUAGAGCCAUUCUGGCCGAUGGGUACUGGUUGUGCAAGAGGGUUCCUGGCUGCAUUUGACACAGCGUGGAUGGUGAGAAGUUGGGCACAAGGAAAGCUUCCUCUUGACAUCCUGGCAGAAAGGGAAAGUAUUUACAGACUCUUACCCCAGACAACACCAGAAAAUCUCACUAAGAAUUUUGACCAGUACACCAUUGAUCCUGCAACACGUUAUCCAAACUUGAAUUCAAGCUGUGUUCGGCCUCAUCAGGUGAAACACUUAUAUAUUACAAAUGAACUACAGCAGUGCCCUCUUGAAAGAGUGAGCUCCGUUAGAAGAUCAGUUGGUCUUUCCAGACAUGAAUCUGACAUCAGGCCAAACAAGCUUUUAACUUGGUGUCAGAAACAGACGGAAGGAUACAGGAAUGUUAGUGUCACAGAUCUCACUACUUCUUGGAGGAGUGGCCUUGCUUUGUGUGCAAUUAUGAAUCGCUUCAAACCUGACCUCAUUGACUUUGAUUCUCUGAAUGAAGAAGAUGCUGUCAAAAACAACCAGCUGGCAUUUGACAUUGCUGAACAGGAGUUUGGAAUUCCUCCUGUCACCACUGGGAAAGAGAUGGUGUCUGCUGGGGAGCCUGAUAAACUUACUAUGGUCAUGUACCUCUCAAAAUUCUAUGAGCUAUUUAGGGGAACACCAUUGAGAACAGUUGAUGCUACUGACAAGCAAAAUGGAGAAAAAAGUGAUCUUUGUUCAACAAAAUCAUCAAAGUUCAUCUCUAAUAAUUACAACAAUUUAACAUUUCCAAGGAAGAGAAUACCUAAAGCUGAAAGAAAUGCAGAAGAAAAUGAAAUGAAUAAAAAAAGACGUAAAAGCCUCAUAAAUUUUGAAGAGUCUUCAAAUUUUUUGAACCGGGGAACAAAUCCUGGGAACCAGCUGAGGGAUGUGAAAGAAAUAGUUAAUCAAAACAAAGUGAAGUCCAUGGCAACUCAGCUCUUAGCCAAGUUUGAGGAAAAUGCUCCCAGUAUAUCACUACGGAGGCAGGUGUUAGUAGAUAAACCAGCUUCUGAUCCUCCUGUAAAUCCUCACUUUGCUAAACCUGGGGAUCCAACCUGUAGCCUUCCAUCUUCACCAAAAAGGCAGUUUCAGGCAGUAGCUAGGGGUGAACAUACGGUCAGGGAUCCCACACAGUCUUUGCCUGGUGGUGGGCCAGUGCCUAGGCAUUUGAGGUGUAUAAAACAGACUGCUCUGGAAUCCAGCCUUUCUGAAUCCCUUGCAACUUCCUGUCCUGCUGCAUUUGCACUAUCUGGUGUGCUUCAACGCCUUCAACACGUGGAAGAAAAAUUUAAUCAGAAGAGGGCUCAAUCCAUAACAAAUAGAGAGUUUCAUAAAAAGAACAUUAAAGAAAAAGCAGCUCAUCUUGCAUCAAUGUUUGGAUAUGUCAACACCCCCCAGAAUAAACUUCCUACUAAAGGUCUCUCCCAUUCUCAGUCCCCACCUCCCUCUUGCCUUUCAUCUUAUGAUUCAGCUACUUCCUCUUCAUCAUCUAUUGACUCAGCUUCCCCUGCUGUUCAUUCUAAAAAGAUGACUGUAGGGAAGGUUUCGCAUGGAAUAGGUGCUGUGGCAGAAGUUCUUGUCAAUCUGUACAUGAACGAUCAUAGGCCCAAACCUCUGUCUGUCUCUUUACAAAUGGUAAGGCAAGUGGAUGAAGCUGCUGCAGCUGCUACUUCUGAUUCUUCUACUUCUCAAGUUUUUCCUUCCUUUGCUCAGAACUGUCAGAGUUCUCUGAAAAAAGAAUUUCCUCAAUCGAUGGGUGGGAGUGAUAUCUGCUGUUUCUGCAAGAAAAGAGUGUAUGUCAUGGAGCGGCUGAGUGCAGAAGGCCACUUUUUCCACAGAGAAUGUUUCAGGUGUGCCACAUGUGCGACUACUCUCCGCCUGGCAAUGUAUGCCUUUGAUGCAGAAGAAGAUAAAUUUUACUGCAAGUCUCAUUUUGCACAAUGUAAAACAAAUAAUAAGCACAGGAAGAGGAAAGCUUUGUUAAAGACUCAUGAAAAGGUGGAAACAGAAUUGUGGACGGAAGAUGAACCCAUGUCUGCAGAAACCAACACCGAAUGUACUUUUGCUGCCAAAAACAACCCAGAGGCCCAACCACCAGACUGCUGCUAUCAUACAACAAAUAAACCAACUUUUCCAAAGAAAUGCAAGAAUGUUACUGGCAAAGGUUCCUCUGUGUCCUCAGAGUGGACCUCUGUAAGGGUUAUCCCUGAAGAAGAGAUGACUGAGCACAACCUUUUGGCUGUCCGGGUUAUGGUAACCAGUGAUGGAAGCAGCUCAGAACUAGAAUCUGAUUUUUAUGGUGAUUCAUCCAGUUCUGAGUUUAACAAAGGGCUACUGCCAUCACCUGAGCCCAGGAGCUACACCCCAUCUUCACCGAGGCUUCUCCCCUUGAACAAAAGUCUGGUCCAAAAAGAAGAAUGCCAUGAAAAGUCCAAGUCUGCAGAGACUCUGCCAAGAACCAGUAGUCUUCGGGACACUUCAGCAUUCAAAAAGUCUCAAAGCUGGAAGAAAAAAAUUCAAUCAAAUUUUCCUGUCUUGAACUCAAAGAAAAAUGGUCCAUCUUCAAAGGACACCCCUGCCAAAAUUAAAAGUGAUUUUGAGGAUGAUUUCUUCCCCACAGAACUGGUGUCUUUCAACAAUAAAACUCCAGAAAUUACAACAGGACAUUUCAAACUCCACAACUGGGCAUUUCAAAGAAAAGGAAGAGCCACAGAUGUACCUGAAGAAAUCCCUUUCUAUGUUCCUCAUCAUUCAUUUCAUAGCAGCACAGACAGCAGCCCUUUGGCACGUAGUAAAUCUUUCCAUCGUGGACAUAGGACUUCAGUUCCCACUGACAAGAAGCGUGAAGCUGAUGGUUACAAUAUCAGGGACCAGUGUUUGAAAAACCAGUCAGCAUACAGAGAAUUCAAUACCUUAGGAUUACUUGCAAAAUGCUCAGAUACCUCUUCUGUAAAUUUUAAAAAAGAAGAUAAAGCAGUCUCAAAAGAUCAGCAUAUAAAUAAAGCUAAAAAAAAGCUCACAUUUUCAAUGGAACAGCAGUCUGGACUACAUGCUCUGAAUGGUGACAAGUUAAAUGGAACAAGAACAGAACAACAAGGCCAAGGAAUCCUAGAACAGAAAGCAAAACCAUCCAGUUGUUCCAAACAUCCAAAGUUCUCAGAGAGCUGUUCACCAGUUAUGUCACCAGAAUACAAACUUCCAAAGAAUGCUGAUAACUGUCCCAAAAGACAUAUGGCUGGCCAGUCUAAAUCACCCCUGAGGCUAAUUGCCAGUGCCAUUAAAAAAUCCAUCAUAGAACCUCUUAGAUCUCCCCCAGAAGGCUUGAAAAAUAAACAAGAGACAAAUGCCAGACUUCUUUCAGAAAAGACAGGCUUCAGUUUCCCUUAUACUGUCAAUUUAAGAAAUAGCAAGAAUCAUGAGGAGCAUGACACCCAGAUGCAAGAGCCCAGUGAGUCAUGUAAUCCAGAGAAGGGUAGUUCAGAUAGUUCUAGUUUCUCCACCAGUCCAGAAGAAGAAUAUUCAUAUGAUGACACAACUUACCCUGUUUAUAGUAUGCAUACCAGCCAACCUGAAAGUUCUGGCACAGUUGAAUAUCCUUCCCAUACUGAUGUAGAUGAUGUGCCAACCCUUCUAGAGAGGUUUACUCUUAAAGAGAAUCUCUGGAAGUCUGCUAGGGAUGACUUAAGUAACUGUAACCCAAAGCACAUUCUUGAUUCCUCUCUAAGACACAAGAACAAAAGUUCUGAUGCUGUUUUAAAGAGUUCUGUACAAAGGAACAAUUUCUUGAAGCUGUUCAGUAAAAUGAGAAGCAAUGAAGAUAACAAUCCUUCUUUAACAUCCCUUGUGCCCUCCAGUACCACCUUUACAACUAAGGAAGUAACCAAUCAUCCUUGCAGUGAAGAAUUUGUGGGCUCUGAACAUCUACCUGUCACAAAACAAGUCACUUGCUAUUGUUCUUCAUCCUCUGAUGAUGAAUUGGAACAUAAACCUUCAUUACGAGUCAAGGCAAAAAAACCACUGAAAAAAAGGAAGUUGGAAAAAAAACCAAAGCGACUGUUUAAACAAGAACAACUAAAAAGGCUCCAUAAAGCACAGGCUAUCCAGCGGCAACUAGAGGAAAUAGAGGAGAAGCAAUGUGCCCUGGAGGUUUUUGGCAUUCAGCUAGAGAGAACACUGCGAGGUGAAUCAGAUUCAGGCACACAAAAUGAAACUCAGCUGUUGCAUGAAUGGUUUGAGCUGGUAUCAGAGAAGAAUAAAUUAAUGCGCUGUGAAUUUGAACUCUUGAUCAGAGUCAAAGAGCUUGAAUUAGAGGAUCACCAAAGCCAAUUGGAGCAGAAACUGAGAGAAAAAAUGGCCACUGAUGACAAUUUGGAUGGUGAAAAGGACCUGAGUGAGGAGUUUGAAACUUUUGAUGAGUUGAUGAAAGUGGCCGAAGAAAGAGAUAAGCUUAUAUCUUCCUUAGAAGAGCAGAAGAUAGAGGAAGAAAGUGAAAAUCAGCACUUAGAAAAAUCUAUGUUGUCCAGAGGAUACAAAUUCAGACAGACGUGAAGUAAUCCUAGACAAAUAUUUGCUCUUACAGCAUUGUGAACACCACCAGUGGAAGAUUGUUAGACUCUUAUUGUAGAGGAAGGAAUUAUGUACUGUAAUUGCAAAAGGUAAGACUGGUGUUACCAUUAAGAAUGGGUUGCAGCCGUGGAGAUUAUAUAUGUAAUCCAAAAUAAGAGUGGAUUACUU